AGCUGGUUAACCGUGCACAGCCUGUUCCUGCGGCUCAGACGGAGGGAGAGAGAGAGGGGGGAGGACGGACGCAGAAUGGCGACCGUGCAGUGCCCCAGAUGCACGGUAGAAAGAAAAGGGUUUCGGCGGGAACUUGAUUCAUGGCGACACAAACUGAUACACUGCGUCGGGUUUGAAAGCAUCCUGGAAGGAAUCUAUGGCCCGAUGUUGAUGAGAGACCUCAAUGUAUUUGAUGACUGUGAACCUGAAGAGGUGGACGACUGGUCCCAAGAAACAAGCUGCUCACAGUGUUCCUUCUGCAACCUUCCCCUGGACAAACUCUGUGAUCAAGCACCUGCAGCCACUCCGCCCCUCUCCUCCCCCUCUGAUUACUCUCCCUGUCAGAAUCCAAGCAUCUCUGAGAGCAGCCAAUCAGCUCACAGGUUUCUCCAGGCUGUGUUCAACAAGAAAGAUGUGCCCCUGGGCUGUGACUCCAACAUCCCUCUGGUCGCCCAGGAGCUGAUGAAAAAGAUGGUUCAUCAGUUUGCCAUGGAUUAUGCAUCCAAGUGUCUGCUCCGCACCAGUACAAAUGGUGUUAGAACAAGGACCUCCUCGCCUUUGUCAGAAACAUCAGACGCCCCUCUGGACCUUACAGUGAGCCGAACCCAGGAGGAGAAAGAGUGUGAACCUGAACUAGAUGGCGUGCUCGACCUCUCAAACAGGAACUCCGCCUGCUCAGCAAGUUCUUCGUCAUCAUCACCAUCAUCAUCAUCAUCUAAUGACAAGGCCUCUGGCUCCCUGCUGCCAUCAUUUAAAGAAGUGGGAGAUCUGGGACAGCAAGGGAAUAAGUGUCGUCAGAGAUCUGCAUUGGAUGCUGUUCUAAGCACACUUUGUCCAGCACACCGUUCCUUACUCUACCAGAUCCUUAAGCUGGCACACCAGGAAAAAUUGCAGUCUUUGCUUGAACAGAAACCUGCGGGUCAAGCUGAAUCCUACUCCUGUCACUGUGGUGUAAACCCACAUGAUAAUGUUACCCCACAUGCAGUCACACUUUGUGAAUGUAAAGCCCAUAACGGCAGCCUCUACUACCCUUUAAUGGAUCGUGAUCAUCAAGGUCAUGGCAGCACACCAUGCCAUUCAGGAGACUCCAAGUCCAAUUGUAGCAUUAAUCUCUACCCUUUAAAAGACUGUAAAAAUGAUGGUUCUCUGGGUUCAAGCUAUUGCUGUGUGCAGAGGUGCAGGAUGGAAACCUACACUGUUCUGUCCCCCAAGAGACUGCACUCCAUUUCCUGCCAAAGUCCGGCUGCAGGUCAUAUCAACAACAUGGUGUGUUCAUUUAUAUCCUCUCUUACAUUAUCCAAAUCUCCUUCACUGUGCACUCCCUCCUCUACUUUAUGCCCUUCCUCAUCGAUCUGCUGUAACCAACACACUCCCCACCCAUGUCACUGUUAUUCAAACCAUACCUGUCCAAUACAGGUAGGGAGCACAAUAGAAAGAGGGGCAAUCGACGGGGAUCCUCCUUGUCCUGUCCUGAAGAGGGAGAGGAGUCCCUCUCCUCCCCCCCUUUCCCCUAUCCCUUCAGACAUCAGUAAGAAAACUGAUGAAAAGCCACCCUCCCUCCUACACCAUAGACAAGAGGAGGAAAGUGACAUAAUGGUUAAAAAUGAUGUUGUGAAUGGAAGCCACCUCAAAGCAGAUGUGAGUACAGAUACAGAGGAGGAGCUACAGAGUAGGACCCUAAGAAUUAGUCAGGCUGCGCAGAACCCAAGCGGGACUUUACUGCAGGACGUUGUGAAUCGCUUCAGUGAGAAACUGGAGACAAUCAAACCUCUAGAGAAAGACCCACCUCCAGUUUCUUUAGCCGUUAAUGUUUCUGAAAAGGAGCAGCUGCAGUCUCCAUCAACAAGUCAAAACCUGCAGUGUCAUGCUGAUGCCCAUCUGACUGAAAUUAUCAACAAAGUGCUUCACAGAGGCAAUGGUUGUGACUACAAUCUCACUGAGCUGUUCAAUGGCCAUGAUAGCAAAGAGCCCAAGACCCCUAAUACCCGUUCCAGGCGUCGCCAGGAAGUCCUUACUGCUAUAGCAACACCUGCUGAUGACACUUCAGCCAGAAGGCAUACAUUACAAAUUAAACGGGAGUUUGCCAGUCUUGACCAGUACUGCAAUAGGAGAAAAGGUUCACCAACAAAAAAGACAAGAUUGAAUGAUGGAAAGGUUGGUAUAACUACAUCAUGUACUUCUUCUGACUCAAUCCUCGUUAAAAUGAAGUCUAAAAAAGAAAUGGAAGGGAGUGAAGAACCCAUAGAAAAUCAUAGCGUUGGAGAGCUACCACUGAACAUGCUGUCUGCAGAAAGUGACAUGGAUGAAGUAAAAGAUCAAAUACAGACAGUCAUAGUCACAGAAGACCUUCACAUCCUUAAAUCAGAGGAGAAGGAAUGGGAAAUAUGUGAGAAAAAUCCCCUUACACACCCAGGCACUCCAAUACCCACCCCUAAACUUCAGAGCAAGUAUGGCAAACAAGUUUUAAAGGGUGACAGUGUACAAAAGGUGGCAGAGAUGAUGACGGUGACUGCAACCUCAGCAAAACAGUAUGUCGGGGCUUGUAAAGAAAGUGGUGAGGUUAGCAGUGCUGGAAGUGAUGAAAACCAAGAAGCCCCACCAGGUCAAAGCUCUGACAGUGACAAUAGACCAGCUAAGGGUAAAGAUUGCAAUAGCCCUAUUAGAGAGAGGCAAAAAUGUCUAUCAAACCACUCCAAGGAGGUUAGAAGAACUAGGAGAAACAUAGUCCCCCCACAGCGCUUUUCCUCCUAUGUCACUGAGCCCAGGAAAAUGUUCUUCGUUGCAUGUUUCUCUGAAAGCAACGUUGACCAGAGAUUACAAAAGGACAAUGUUUUGACAUCUAACGCUUUGGAUGCCUUAUCCAAAGAUCCAGUUGCUAAUGAUACCCAGUCUGAAUUAGGAAAUGAAACCCCUCUGUUCUCCUCUGAGCACACAGGGAAGCUUGCCUUUGAACCAACACAUAAAGAGCAAUGUGGACCAUCUUACACAGAGUCAGAAACUAUGGCUGCUAAAGAGAAGAGUCCAACAAAAUGCAGUUUGGAUAUUAGGACAGAUGACGACUGUGCUGCCAAGCAUACAAGACUACGAUCAUCUCCAAAAAGGCUACAGAUUUUACAAAUUGCUUCUGGAAUGCCCAAAAAGUCAUCAAAUAGGGAUGUCACCAUAAACUCUGCCCCCUGUGCUGAUAACCCUACAAACUCCAGUGUCGAGUACACUAGUCCAAUUAAGCUCAUGUUUGUAUCAGCUGUACAGGGUAAGGAAGGAGUAAGAUAUAGUCUCAAAUCAGCAAGCACUGGUGCUAGUUCACAAGCAGACAAAUCAUUUGACCCAUGUGUAGUGUCUUCAUGGUCAGGGACACCUGAGAAACAGAAAAGGAAGAGCACUGAAUCUCACUCAUCAAAAGUAAAAUCUACUUCACCACGAAAGUCAGCUACCUCACCAGUAAGAGCUUCUUGUUCACCAACCAAGUCGACUUCUUCUUCACCAGUCAAGUCUGCCUCCUCAACUCCCAAAUCAACUUCUAAGCAAAGCAAGUCUAUGUCAUCACCAUCCAAGUCUGCAUCUUCACCAAGAAAGUGUGCAUCUUCACCCAAGUCAGUUUCCUCAUCGCCUAAAAUUGGUUCCAGAAGGUCAGGUGAAAGUACUCCAACUAAGCAUGUAGCUGGAACUGAAAGCCAUAAAACACCCCCCAAGGCUACAUCUUCAUCAAGCAAGUCAGCUUCUUCACCCAAGUCAGUUUCCUCAUCGCCUAAAAACGGUUCCAGAAGGUCAGGUGAAAGUACUCCAACUAAGCGUGUAGCUGGAACUGAGAGCCAUAGAUCACCCCCCAAGAAUGCAUCUUCAUCAAGCAAGUCAGCUUCUUCACCCAAGUCAGUUUCCUCAUCACCUAAAAUCAGUUCCAGAAGGUCAGGUGAAAGUACUCCAAUGAAGUGUGUAGCUGGAACUGAGAACCAGAGAUCACCACCCAAGGCUGCAUCUUCAUCAAGCAAGUCAGCUUCUUCAUCACCUAAAAUCAGUUCCAGAAGGUCAGGUGAAGGUACUCCAACUAAGCAUGUAGCUGGAACUGAGAGCCAGAGAUCACCGUGUGACUUGUUGGCUUUCCAUGAAUCCACUCCGCAAAAAAGGCGUCCGGGCCGGCCAAAGAAGCUGGGACCACAGCUGGAGCAAAAAGUGAAGAGACCAAUUGGCCGACCACGCAAGCAGAAGGCUGUGGAUACGGCAAUUGGGACAGAAACAGUAAGCGGAAAAGUUGUAAUAGCAAAUGACGCUGAAGACAAUGUAAACAAGAACCUCAAAAUAACAGUUUUGUAUGGCCGUUCAAGAAGAAACAAAAGAAUGGUGUCUGAGGGCUUUGAUCAGCUACAAACAGAAUUCCAUGAUGCCUGUCAGGCAGUUGGCAUCAAAAGUGACUUGGGCAUUUUAAUACACAAUUCUAAGACCAGCUCAGGUAAUAUUGAAACUGCGUCAACAAAGGAGUUCAGCUUUGUCAGCCCUCUGAAAGAGUCUGCCCCUCUAUCUAGCAGGAACAUCAAAUGUCAGAAACGGGAUGAUUCUGGGCCCUCUAGAAAACCUGGUAGACCUGCAAAAGUUAAAAUCUCUGGAAUCUCUGUUACAGUAACUACAGUGUCUCCUCGGCAACGCAAAAUUCAAAUGAACAGGGAUACUCUGGAGUCUCCCGAAGCACAAAUUCAGAAACAAGCCCUGCCAGAAUUAAAACCUGCCAAAGAACCUAGGACAAUCAGCUAUCAGUCAACAACCAGAAGCAGUGAAGCGGUGAAAGGGAUAGAAGCAAAGAAUGAAAGUAAAAAGAGGCUGCCAAGUCAGGCAGUAGCAGUGCGUCACUCAGUGAGAGUGAGAAAGCCCUCAAUCCACUUUCUGCAUGCUGUUGCCACCUCCACCACUAGGUCAUACAGCCACAGUAAUGCUCUGCUUCGGCGCUCUAAACAACUUUUGCUAAACAAGGCGAGCAAUGAAAGGAAAAAGGAGGAGCAACAGAGUAGUGCAGAAACUUCAGGGGGAAAAAGACAGCUCUUUGGACAAGACAAAAAGAAGAACAUCUCUCAGGACCUGAGCAGAGUGGCAAGGGUGUCAGUAGACUCGAUCUUUACCCCAAAAGAUACACUAAGAUGGUGGGCAGCUUCAGCUGAGGAAAACACAAUGAACCAGCAACUUGCCAGCCGAAUACGACUCAUCUCUGACACCUGGGUCUCAGACACUGUGGAGAACAAAGAAAAAGAAAUAACCCUUAAUUCUAAAUCAGGCACCAAAGGCAACAAUUCAUUUACCAGGAAGUCAAAACAUUCCUCUGUGGUUCGAACACUUUUUGAUUGUUCUCCUAACACACCAAGGUCGUGCAGUAUGCAACAGCUCUGCUCCUGGUUUAUGCAAACCACAGAGACACAGUCUUUGUCUAUUGUCAAGAAGGAAAGCUCCCGUAAUCCUUAUGAAUUCAGGCAGGUAACUCGUUCCGCCAAUAACAAAAGUUUUUGUCCCAGUCCUCAAGCAGAGCGACUCCGCAAACACAUCAAGAAAUUUGCCAAAACAGUGCCAAAAAGUCCUUUGCAACAUCAACAGGCUCAAAGAAGGUUGAGGAAGAGGAACAAUGCAACUCUGUCAACACAUAAUAUUAGGCGGCAACUUUUCACUCCCAGGUUUGCAACGGGCAGGUUUAAUCAUGGAGUCCAAUGGUGGCGAAACAAAGCAUUUAGAAACUACCAGGCCACUGUACUUAAAGCAAGGACAAAGUUCCUAACCCGGAAAGAAAGGGAGAGGUGGCAAAAGAGGCAGAAUAAGAAAACCAUAAAAGUAGUUACAAGUGGUUCAAAUGGACAUGCAGUAGAUGGACUACAGCAAAAAUGUAAAGCAUUACACAAACCAGCAAAGGAUCAGUUAUCUGACUGUUUGGGGAACAGUUCUGCCACCAGUUCUGUCGACCAAACUCAGGAGCCUGUGGAUGCACCCAAAGAGCAGAACUUCUGCUCGAAACCCUGGAGUCCUGAGAGACUGAAGGAAUGUCGGGUGUUUCUGAGGAAGAUCAACUCUCCGGACAGUGAAUCAUUGGAGGAAGAGUGGGACUCCUGUACUGUGACACUGGAUGAUGGGUCACCCUCUGCAUACGUAUUUGCAGGAAGGGAGAGCGAAUUGGUAGGAGUUGUUAAAGCUGUGAAAACUGAAAGAAUAAACAUGAAGAGGAGGACCGCCUCCAGAGAGCUUGCAGGUUCUGCUCCUAAAUCAGUCCAGGAGCAAGAUGAGAUGCCAGAGAGGAGGCAGAAAGGCAAACGCAAAGGUCCAGGGGUUGUGUCUACUGAACCACCACCAGCGAAAAUGUUGAGACAAUCGCGAAUGAGGGGCCUGACCGGGCCACGAUGGUGUGACUUUGUGUUUGAGAACUAAACGAAGCACGAGACCUCCUCCUUCCUGGGAAAGGGACUUUAACAUAUGGUGCCUUCUGACAUUGAGCUGACCACGUGGAUUGACCAUCCCAACAUGGUUCAGUCUUACACUCAGCAGUUAUGUAGCAGUCUAACUUAACAAAAGCUUGAUGUUGCACUAUUUUUAUCCAUGGAUAUGUAUGUACAGAGUGUUUGAUACUGUUAUGUUUUUUGUUUUUUUUUAUCAUUAACUUGCCUUUGUCUUUCUGAACGUGUUUAUCUCAAAACGUUUCAAUGGGACUGCAUAAAGCCGGUGCUAUCCCCAACAAUCCUCAUUAUUAAGGAACCAAAUAAUAUUAUUCUGAAACCAGUCAUUUCUUUAAGUACUUGAAGUAAUUGUUAUUGUACAGCUCUUAAAUAUUCCCCCAAAUUAAUCUUCAUUGUUUCGUGGCACUCUUAAAUUCUGAGUUUCUGGCUAAAAUAAAGUUAUUAAUAAGUUAAUAACUUUUUUUAAUUUGGAAAAAUUAUAUUGAAACUUGAUACUUUAUUAUCCCCCUUUGUUUGAUACUGUCACACUUGUAACAUUUUAAACCAGGUGCCAAAAAACAUGCUUUGAGUGAAGGAAUUAUUUUACCCCAUUCAAAAAAUGUGUAUGGACCCCAAAUAUAAAAUUGGGUGUCAAACCUUUUGGGCAGCAGUCCAAUAUUUUCUUUUUUCCGGUAUUUUUUAAACAAGAGUUUGGAAUCUUGGCACCAAUUCACAUUAAGUGCAAACAUACACGUUCUAAACAACUUCAUUUUCAGUCGCACUAAACCAUAAACUCCAAACCCAGGGGUGCACAUGAAGUAAUGAAGAAAGUGUCGUUAUGCAGUUGUAGAAAGUAGAUUCUGAUUCAUUUGUCGGUCUGCGCGAUCCAACUUGUUUUAACUAAUAUGACUGUGUCAGAUCUACUUCUUGCACAAUUCCACCUGAGAUUAUUAAUCCCGCUACACAGACUCCUCCCCCAUGUUUUGCACAUCCCAUGUCCUACUACCAACCCCUACUGUAAAACUAGAGAACCUAUUUGGUGCAAUACAAAACCCAGAGGAUUUAUCAGUAUGUAGUAAUUAUUUUAUUGCUGACAGACGAAUGGAUGUAAACAAGUACCAAUGGCCUGGGAUGUUACUUCAGCUGUUUCCAUAGCCGUGUAAUGUGAUCUUAGAGGAUAUUGCUAUACAAGACUAGUCCCCCCCCCCCCCACUGCUUUAUUCAACUCAAUGAAGCAGAAAAAUAACAGAUGCUUAAUUGUUAUAGUAGCAUUACAUUUUAAUCAUACACAUAAUAGCAUUAAUUACUGUUUAAAUGCAGGUGGGAGACGUGUUGCUGUUCCUUUUGUUUUUUUCUUCAAGUUGGAGCAAGAGACACCUACCUCCACUGGAGCUCAGCUAGGCCCACUGCUCUAUUGAUUAUCAACCUUGUGAUAGACACGAGAUUUGAUUUGUUAACACUAAUCUUGGAUCGAUACGUUUGAUCUGAGAUGUCUGGCUGUAGGUAAAAACUUAAACCCAUUAGUGUGUGUGUGCUACUAGGAUGGAGGUGGUAUGGCCCAGUGUUGUGAUGAGUAAACCUCUGUUGAAGAACCUGGUGCUAAACAAUUGUUGUAUAUUUUCUUUAUCGUGUUUUUAUACUGUCCUCUACAGGUGCACUAAGAGGCGUCUGUCAUUGGAACAAUAAAGUCUUUUGAAAUAA